AGCCCGCUGUCGGAACCAAACGGCCGCACAUUUAGCUGCCCCGUGAGUAGCGUGGGUGGAGGCUUGAUCAGCGGGUGAACGUACCAAUCAUAUCCGCCCGUGAGCUCCGGAGCUCCCCGCGGCUCCGCCUCCUCCCCCCGCUGCCUGGACCGAACAUUCCUCAUAUUCCUGGGGCUCGAUAGCAGAGGAACGCGGCGACGAAACGAAACGAGCCGAAGACACGACGGAUUCACACAACUCAUGACACUUUAGAAGGGCACGUAAGGUCGAUGUUGGGGCGCGGCGUGAAGCGGAAGUGGAGCUGCUUGGGGGAGCUGGAGGCUGAGACCCUCCCUGCUGCAGCAGAAAAGGAGAAGAAUGGGGAGGAAGAUGUGGAAGACGAGGGCGGGUUCCUUUUGGGUCCGUCCAAAUCCGACAUGAGCCACCUGCAGCAGCGUCAGCUGGUUCUCGGCCUCUGCUUGGAGAAGCUCCAGAGCUACCAGGCCGGGAUGGAGCUCAGCCUGCGUCGCUCCGUGCUGCUCAUCAACACGCUCAGGCAGAUCCAGGAGGACAUGCAGAGCGAUGGGGUGGGAACCUGCACGUCGGAGGCACUCCGCAACGGCGUCCACGCUGACUCCUGCCUUCUCAGGGACGACUUCAGGGAGGACAUGCCAGUUACAUGCCCCGGGUGUGCAGAGGGUGAUGGGGACAACCUAUCUCUGUCUCCGCCGCUGUCCCCAGAAUUCCCCUCUCAGGAGGCAAACAGUUCGCCCGACUCGCAGAAAUCACUGCCUGCUGCAACGAUCAAUGCUUUUAGUGAUGCAGUAAACGCCAUGGGCUACCUCAGCGACCUCGCACUAGAUGACAUCUUUGAGGACAUUGACACAUCAAUGUACGAGACUUCAGAUCUGCCUUCUGCCUGGGCGGCGGGCUCCCUGUGGCCCGUCAGUGUGUCGCUUUGGGCGGAUGAGGACGUGAAAAUGCGCUCUCCCAGCCAUGCCGCAGCUGGGAGUCUCCAGUCAUGUCUGAUGGACAUGAAUGAGCUGGACCACAUCAUGGAGAUUCUGGUAAAGUCCUGAUCGCCAAGACAAACUCCUGAACAUUUACUCCACUUGGUUAAUCAAGGAUUCAGAGUCUGACAGUGGAGACGGGGAACAAGGACUGAUUUGAGGGUUGAUAGACUCUAAUGUGACCUUGGAUCUUUAAGGCUCCAUCUGAUAUUUUGGGUGAAAAUGUGUUUUAAGCUUCAGCUAGUUUUAGGUAGAUUAAACAAUAAUUCUUAUGCACUUAACUCAUUUAAAAGGAACCAUCCAACAUCCUGAGUUAUGUACAUGAGCGGAUGAAGAAUCCAGUUUAAAAGGAAACUUAAAGAAAAAUCCACUUUUAAACACUUUUAUACUGUUUUUGGUUGUUAUAACUCAGGUGGAGAAGUCGCCAAACACACUUUAAGUGAUGUGAAGGCACAUACAGAUAUUUCUAAAAGUCUCAGUGGAAUUAAAUGGUAGAAAUUUCUAGCUAUCAAAUAUUACUGUUGACAUUCAACAAGGAGAAAUGCAUUUUUUAACAGACAGAGAGACCAAUUUCUGCACCCACAGUAGCAGGAAACAGAACAGAUAGCUCUGCAGUUUCAGGACAGGUUGUGUUUUGAGCAGUGGGUGAAUAACCUGUAGUAAAAGUAGAUGAGCCUUGUCUAGACAAAUUUGCAAAAAAAAAAGUGCAGUGCAACACAUGUAAGGGAAGUGUUGUAACGGACAGGAUUAGACAGCAUAAAUUGAUGCCAUGUGACAGUGGAUUUUGGUAAAACUUUAAAUGCAGAUGGAACCUUAAAUGUUCAACCUCACAGUGUUUAUGCCAUUUUACUCUCCUGAUUUAUCAAGUUUUAGUAAAAGCAGCAGCAACUCUCUGAGUGAAUCCACCAGUGAAGAAGCAACCUGAGCUGCCAUGGUUUGUGCGUCACUCAGGCUGUUAGAUCAGACCUGGGUUGAUUAUUAAUUGAAAUCCCUUCAAUUACUUAAGAGGCUGUGCUUCAGCCAGCCAGGAGGGCAAAGGCCUGGGAUUCCUUUCCAUAUGAAUGUUUUUUAUCGCUCCAUGUAGGAUCUUUAAAUUAGAAACUGACAUCAGCCAAACGUCUUUGUGGCUGUGGUCAUGCAGCGGUCAGAGGGUGGACGGUCUAUAUAUUUAUUUGGCUUGUGAAAAGAAGAAUGUGGCCACUGAAUUUGGGGUUUAACCAGCCAAAGUAGCUUCCAUUCUCUGAAGAUGAAUGCCACUUUCACGUCGUAUCAGAAGAAGCGUGAGAAAUGGAUGACAUCUUGUUGCUUCGAUAGAGAAAGGGUAAAAUGUUUUAACUUGUUGGAACGCCUUUAUCUAAUAUUAUUCUUAUUUAUGAAUGAAAAAUCAACCACAAACUACAGCAGAUAUUAUUUGUUCUUUGAAUGUAGAGUCUAUUGUUUAGGUGUGAGUGUAACUUAUAAUUUAGAUCUUUAUGAUUUUGGACUGUCAAUGUAUUGGCUGCCAUGUCUACUGCUUUUGUUGACACUCUUGCACCAUUUGUGACAUCAAAUGGGACAAACUAUCAGAGGCCGUGUAAGAAAUAUACUCAUCUUUUCAGCAUAAGGUUGAUGUGAACAGUUUAUCCUUCUCGGCAGCUGGUAUUUAUGAUAAAUGCAACGUGUCAUUAACGCAGCAUAAAACAUAUAUUUUAAAUAGUAAUGUAAUCCCAUUCUGGUUCUGACUGAGGAGCUGAUCGCCUCAAGUCAACAAUCAGGAAAACUUUGCCAUGUCUCAGAAUUAUAAAUGACAACAGAAGCCUAUGUAUUUUUAUGGCCAUAAUGGUAUGAAUUUUUAUUGCAAUGUUGGGUGUUUUUUAAAAACUGUUUUAUAUAUGUUUCUACCUGAAACUCAAAUCACCUGUCCAUUAGAAUAGAUACAGUGAGUGGAGGACUGCAAUGAAGCGGAUACUCGACCUUCACUAUAUGUGGUUUACUCCUGUUCUACCUCCUGAUGUCUGUUUGUUGUUGGUUUACCUGGACACUCCUGUUUUACACCGUGAGCCAUGGACUGUCUGUCACUGUUUUUUAUGUUAUCGUUUUAACUCGGCUGAAAAAUCCAAUCCAAUGGAAUCCAAUGCUUUCCUGUCAGACCAAAGUAAUCCAUCCUUAUCCCCAUCUCUUGUCUCAUGUCGACAACGUGCCUUACUACUGAACCUAAUUUUUAUUCGUGUUGAGGUUUUUGUGGUUGUCUGAGCUCGAGCUUCAUUGAUAAAAAAAACCUAAGAGCUGUGUUAUGUAAAGCACUGAAAGCCAGAACCGCCAUCAUUUCUUCUUUUUUCUGUGCUCAGUGAACACUAGUGGCAUAUGAGCUUAAUGUAUCCUGACAAGCUGACAGUGAACUAUCAGAGGGAGGAGGUGGCAGCAAGGGCCAGCAGGGAAAAAUAAGAGGACAUGGAGGAGGAGGGGUGGGAGGAAGCAGCUUGCGUCACUUGUUCAGUAGGAGGGGUUUAGAGCUUGUUUUGCCCAGACUCAGCCCACCAACCAAUCACAUGAGAUGUACGAGGUGCACACUGCUACUCCGACAACAACUUGUUUUUGCUCCUAAUGGCUCUGUGAACAGCCUGUGAAAGAAAACCACUUUUCUGUUGUUUUUUUUUCAUUUACACAAUCUAUCGGACAGGACUGAAUACAAAAAGCAGAAAGCUGCAGUGUUAUUUAUAAUUGUAUGAAAGUACAGUGUCAGUAGGGUCUGUAAAGCACAAGCUGUAUGUUGUUGAUGCUGAUUAUGAUAUAAAUGUAACUGAAGGAUGAGUUUGCUAGGUAAUAAGAUGACAAUUAAUAAUGUAUUGUAUUUUUCUGUGGAAUAUUUUAUAGAUUUUAUUCAAUAAUACAGUAAAAAAUACCCAAACUGUG